UUCGAAGUCGGAAUAGGCUGUGCAACGGAGUCGAGCUGACAAAGCCAAGCGGGCUGGUAUGACUGUGUGAACGAGGAACCGCGAGAUCCGUGCUUGGAGGAGGCUUGAUUUGAAUAUCAUAAGAGAGAAGACGGACUGAGUUGGAAGAACAGUCCGGGAACGAUUGCAACAUCACUUGGGUACUGCGCGAGUUAUUCUCGGAUAAGAGGAGAUAUAUCGGGUUUAUUGUUUUGGGACUACUAUAAAACCUCGUUUGAACUUUUUGAUCUGACGAUCAUGACGGCAGUUGUCGACAUGAAACCAACGUUAACCAUAAUCAAGUCCGAAAAGGUGGACGAUCUGGAAUGCGGGGACGUUCCGCUGCUCACGCCCGGGAGUAAAGAGAUGAUGUCACAGGCCCUGAAGGCCACCUUCAGCGGGUUCACCAAGGAGCAGCAGCGGCUUGGAAUACCCAAAGAUCCCCGGCAGUGGACGGAGAACCACGUGGCGGAGUGGCUGAUGUGGACGGUGAACGAGUUCAGCCUGAAGAACGUGGACUUCCGAAAGUUCUGCGUGAACGGCGCCGGCCUCUGCGCCCUGGGGAAGGAGCGCUUCCUGGACCUGGCGCCCGACUUUGUCGGGGACAUCCUGUGGGAGCAUCUAGAGAUGCUCCAAAAAGAAGAUUCAAAGCAUUUCCCAGUCAACGGCCUGACCUCCACCUUUCAGGAAUCUCAUUAUACCUCAGAUUACUUUGUCACCUAUGGCAUCGAGCAUGCUCAGUGCGUUCCCCCCUCGGAAUACUCCGAGCCGGGCUUCGUCACGGAGUCCUACCAGACCCUGCACCCAAUCAGCUCGGAGGACCUGCUGACGCUGAAGUACGAGAACGUGUACCCCAACGCCGUCCUGCGGGAAGCCCCGCCCACCGCCCUGCCCGGCGACUACUUCUCCAUCAAACAGGAAGUCAUCUCCCCCGACAACAUGUGUGUGGGCCGCAUCAGCCGAGGGAAGCUGGGGGGCCAGGACUCGUUCGAGAGCACGGAGAGCUACGAGAGCUGCGAGCGGCUGACGCAGUCGUGGGGCAGCCAGUCCUCGUACGGCGGCGGCGGCGGCGGCCUGCAGCGCGUGCCCUCCUACGAGAGCUUCGACUCGGAGGACUACCCCGCCGCCCUCAACGCCGGCCACAAGCCCAAGGGCACCUUCAAGGACUACGUGAGGGAGAGGGCCGACCUCAACAAGGACAAGCCCGUCAUCCCCGCCGCCGCGCUCGCCGGCUACACAGGCAGUGGGCCCAUCCAGCUCUGGCAGUUCCUCCUGGAGCUGCUGACGGACAAGUCCUGCCAGGCCUUCAUCAGCUGGACGGGGGACGGCUGGGAGUUCAAGCUGUCCGACCCCGACGAGGUGGCCCGCAGGUGGGGCAAGAGGAAAAACAAGCCCAAGAUGAACUACGAGAAGCUGAGCCGCGGCCUGCGCUACUACUACGACAAGAACAUCAUCCACAAGACCUCGGGCAAGCGCUACGUCUACCGCUUCGUCUGCGACCUGAAGAGCCUGCUGGGAUACGCGCCCGAGGAGCUCCACGCCAUGCUGGACGUGAAGCCCGACGCCGACGAGUGAGCGCGUGUGCGGGGCGAAGGGGGUGGGGGGAAGGGGGGAACCCAAAACGAGCACGGUUUUGGCCUGGGCUUGACGGAUGGACGGAUGGACGGAUGUCAGUCAACUGUGGACGGCUUGACAGGACCGGAAGAGGGGCGUCUCCUUCUUUUUUCUUUGACGUUCGUUUUUCAGUUUUCAUCUUUCCGUUGGCGCUCAUCUCAAAGGGAAUUCACCAAAAAAACAAAAAAAAGAAAAGAAUUUGAGCAUGAAAAGGUGCACUGGUUUUUGCCGUCUUUGCAUCCGGGACCAAAUGCAUGACAUGCAUGCACAGGCGUAGUUCUGAACUGCAGUUACACACGUGACACACGUAGGUAGCGCGAGGUAAAUCCAGAGAGAUCGAAACGGCAGGCCUUUUUUUCCACGUAGGACAAGAAAGCAAACAUGGCGGCAGGCUAGAAGUUUGGGAGGGUUUUUUUUUUUUUUUUUAGACCCUGGACGCAAUGCUCCUUCAACAGAAGCGGGGUCACAGUUUUCAGUUGGGACCAAAAAUUUUUUUUUUUUAAUGUUUGAUAUAUUAUAUGCCAGUAUUAUCAUCUGAACUCCUGUCUUAUGACUGAACAAAUUCCAUGUUUCAUCGGUUCUUACAUUGUUUGUUUCUGUGGAAUAAUUGUAGGAUAUACACGGGGGUGCACGAAAGCAUCGUCCACAGGACUAGGACACAAGUGGCGCGUCUCAGAACAUGAUAAUAGUAAUGAUGAUGAUAUAAUGGCAUAAGAUGGCUUGUAGCUGCGAUUUUACAAUCUGAAGAACGUAUGUAAUAGUGUUUUUUUCGAGCAAAUUGGAAAAGCAAAAAAGUACCCAGUGUGCUUAGCACUCACAACUUUACGUAAUAUGAUAUUUUAAGCUUAUCCAAAUAACAUUGCUGGCAUGUAGACGCCAUGAACCUUAAAACCUUAACAAAUCUGGAUUCUCUCUUUUAUACCAAGGUAUAGUCAUGCAGUUUAAAGAGCAUCUUUUGUCUCGCAAGUUUACACUGAAGAAUGAAGGAAAUAAUCAGAAUUAAAAUCAGGACUUCUUGUCCAGGAGGCAACUGAGUUAGUGUUUGAGGUUUCAGGGGGAAACUUAGACAAAUUUAAAUAACUGAUUCUAAGCCAUUAGAGAUAACGGGCCGUUUCACUCAUUUUCAUAAGCGUUAAACGAGCCCUAGUGAAAGCAGUCAUACUGAGAGUCUGGUUUUCAAAACUGAAAGUGGCAGUUGCUUUUCAGCUGUAUCUAUCACCUUUAAGCACACAUUCUUCAAAAAAGGAAGAAAAAAAAAAAGAAUUCAAAAACAGGGUGUCCUUAACCAGUUACACAUUGUCAGCUUUUUGGCGACUGGGGUUAAAAGAGCUUCGAGCAUCCGCAGCCACACAUUUGUGCCUUAAAACCAACCAUCUGGAGCUUUAAAAAUGAAGGGCUCCAUUUUAAAAGUGUGUCAGAGAAGCUAGCGUCAAAGGCUACGGUUAGCGUACCAAGACUUUGCCGCUUCUUUCAUACGCUUAAGGCAAGCCUCUGUAGAUGUUUCCAGGAUGAAAAGAGAAGGGAAACGGUGUCGAACGUAGCGCUGAUUUAAUUGAGCCAUAUCCUGGAGAUGCUGAUGCAGCGGGACGCUCCGCUCGAGCAGAUUGAAUGUACUGUACCGCCAUUUUAUUGUAGCAGAGGAAGGGCCUUGGAAAGCUGAGUGACCUUGUGUGCUUACACUGUGUUCAACCAGAGAGCUUUGUGAAUAAGGACAACAGCUUUUGUAAAGUUUUUCUUUUCCUGGAAAGAAAGAAUUGACUUGUGAGGUAGCAGUGUGCUGUUGUGGGAGUGGGGGGGGGGGAUGUAGGAAUGGGGGUGUAUGAGGCUGCGGAGGUCAAUAGAUAUUUAUGUAAGACUAGAGAAGGAGAGUGAUAAACUGAAUCAAGAUGUGGCCUCUGUUCUUUGCUUUAUCAACAGCUGAUUGAGGGGAGAUGACUUCGAGUGCACCAGCUAUUGAAAAGUAGCAUUUUUCUUGAGUGAAUUCAACAGAGAUAGGGUAAAAUUUUUCUUGAAGGGAAUUUUGUUUCCAACUGUGCUUUUGUGCUUUCUGUGGCUAUUCAAGUACCACAAUAAUGACAAAAAAGUUACUAAAGAUUUGAUGUGAUACAAUCCUAACCAGAAAUGAGAGGAAGGGUUUUUUUCUUUUUUUUUUUCUUUACCAAAGUGCUUUUUAAAAAAGUGUAUUGCGACAAUGAAUUCUAUAUGCUUAUGAAUAUGGAGUGGAUACUGACGUUUUUUACAAUCAGUGCUAUGAAAUAGUUUUCUGGACAAAACUGUGUCUAUUGCCAUUGUUAAGAUUUCUGGCAUGGCACGGUCUGUUAUAAGGAAGUCUCCCAUGUCCAGCCUCUUUUCAGAGGGAAGAUUUCCAUACAGACGUCCUGCAUGAAAAGCCAAAGUUCUAUAACCUUAAAUCCAAAUGUGAUUGUUUACAAUGGCUCAGUGUUACCCGUCAGAUCGUCACAGUUACUGUUGUUUGUUUUGUACGUGUUUUACAAAGAAUUUGUGAAGAGACCUCGGUCAGCCAAAGUAUCAAUCAAAACCAAAGGCCUGUGAAUUUUUCUAAAUGGGGACCAAAAACUGCUUUGCCUUAAGUUGUCCUUGCUCGGUGUUGUUUUUAUUCCUUAUCGUGGUUGGAUUUGCCAGUAGUGUAAUUUCUGUCAGGACAGUAUUUCCUCCAGAUUGACUCUCGGUUUUUGUGUACAGCCCAGGGCUGAGGUUUGCUCCGCACCUGGUCUGUAUGAGUCUGCUCAUCCACAACUUUGGGUAGUCCUGUCCAUCAAGCUGACACUUUCUCUUUGAUAUAAAGUCAGUCUUGUGGAGCUUACCUGGUUGCGUUGCUCCAAAGAAUCUUCAAAAAAGCUCAUUUACCUACAGAUAAGACGCCCUUGUGCGAAUACAAGGUUUAAAGUUGAUGCUAAACCAUUCAGUACGGCGUGCUUUUGAAGUUGUUGAGCAGAUCAGAAUUAAAGAUGCUUCAUUCUUCUGGAGGGCUGCUGCAAUGGGGAAGCCCUGCUGAAUUUGCUCCCUUGUGUAACAACGUUCAUAAAACCAGACCAGCGAUACCGUUUCCUGUAGUGCUUCAGGCUGUUUUUUAGCAAGAACAUGAGCAGUUUUACUGCGUGGAUCAUGGAUCGUGCAUCGCGAACCACACAAAUGCCUACCACAGAGUAUUCGACAAGGGACAUUUUUAAAAAUAUCCUUGUUGCUUUUUUUUUUUUUUGUAUUUUUUAUAGUGUCUGUAUUUUUAUGUUAUUGAGAUCAUUUUAUGUAUUUGUUUUACAGCUGUUGAAUAUUUUUCAGAUAAUUUAUGUUUUAUACAGGUUGAAAUAUGAAAAGCAGACAGCUUGUGACUUGUUGACAAAUAAGAGUUGCGUAGCAUAUUAAAUGUAUCGGUGUCCAUUUUUAUACAAAUAUUACGAAUAUUAAGCCUGUCUGAAGAUUUAAAAAGGAAAAAAAAAUAGUAAGAAAGGCUGAUGCGGGCCCAUCAUUGAUUUUUAUUGCAAAGUUUUAUAAAUUGUAAUUUUAUUAUUUUUACUUCAAAUUAUGUUAUGUUAUUAAAUAAAUCUAUGUGAACA